AUGGCUACAAAGUCCAGCCAAGAACUGUCUCACCACGAAGCCCUCGACCAGGAUUUGCUGAACAAUAUGCACCACAUAUUCUCCUCCGUGAAAUUGAUCGACACCCCGGAACAGGACUCUACUUCUUUGAGCGAGAGCAGAAGCAGUAGGAGUUCUGAUAGGAGCAAGAUGAGCUCUGAAGAUGUAGCGUACCUUAAAGAGAACCUGGGUACGCCUCUGACCUUGGCUCUGGCUGAAAUAUCGGCGGUGCAACCACGGGAUCCUAUCCACUAUCUGGGACACUGGCUGUUCAAGUACAGAUAUAACGAAGAGGUGAGAGAUGUUCAGAGGAUAGAAGUUGAACAACUGACUGAGGCUAGGGACAAAUUGGCGAAAGAAAAAUGGCAUGCGUUCGUGGAAAAGGAAGCUAAAGCUGCUGUUUUCGAUAUGAUUGCUAGGGCUGAAGAGGAAGCAUUAGAAAAUGAACUACUCAGGAUAGAGAAAGAACUUGCUGAUCAAGAGGAAGAAGACUUGGAUUAUGAAGCUAGGGACAAAUUCGAGGCUUUCGGUGGCGAUGUUCCAAUUUAG